UCCCGGCGUGCCGCGUGGCCCGCCAGCCCUCCAGAGUACCGGCGUGCCGCGCACUGGCCGGUCCUCCGGCGUCCCGUCAUGCCAGUGAACAUGGCGACAACGAGGGAGGAUGUGGGCGAUGAGAAGGAUAACCCAGCGGUGGAACUGGGAGCCACUCUGAGCCUGGAAAUCCUGCAGAUCAUUAAGGACUCUCAGCAACAACAUGGUUUGCGACAUGAAGACUACCAAAGAUACAGGGGUUACUGUUCGCGCAGACUCCGCCGCCUCAGGAAGGCACUUGGCUUUAAAAUGGGAAACAAACAUAAGUUCACAGGCAAGAAGGUCACCACGGAAAUUCUGUCAGAUAACAGUUCCCCAAAUGAGACUACAACUGACGAGGCCAAGGAGCGACUAUAUGAGAGUCUGUUGAGUGAGUGCCGCGAUGCCAUCCAGGCAGUUCGUGAGGAGCUGAGAGUUGAUCCGGCACAGAAGCAGCGAGAACGUUCUCUGGAGCCUGAUUCAGGAAAGGUGUCCAGUCUACAAUAUCUUCACAGUUAUCUUACAUACAUUAAGCUUUCCACUGCGAUAAAACGCAAUGUUGCCAUGGCUGAGGCUUUGCAGAAGCAGAUGAGCGAGUCGGUAAAAGAUGAGGGAAAGCGAGUGCUGCGGCCGCAAGACCUGAUCCGACUGUAUGACAUUAUCUUGCAGAAUCUGUCAGAGCUGCCCCAGCUGUCAGGAGUGGAGGAUGAUAAAACCUUCCAGGCAGAGGUGGAGCUGAAGACUUUGGUUUACAAGGCCUACAGGUGCUUCUUCAUUGCCCAGUCCUAUGUACUUGUAAAGAAGUGGAGUGAGGCCCUGGUCCUGUAUGAGCGGGUCCUUAAAUACACCUCUGAGGCACAAACUCAGACCUUAAAAUUUACAAACGAUUUACAGGAUCUGCCUGAUAUGAAGGACCUGGUUGCACGUGUCAAUGCUGAGAAGUACUCGGUACAGGCAGCUGCUAUUUUAGACAACGAGGAUGUCUCCGAGAUGGUGUCACAGCUUCAAGUCAAAGACAACAAGCCCCUCAGUGAAUGUUUGGACGUGUUUCGCAUCGAUCCCUCUCUGGUCACUAAACAUGCCAAUCUGGUGCGUUUUCCACCGGAAUUCCAGCCAAUCCCCUGUAAGCCUCUGUUUUUUGACCUGGCUCUCAACCAUGCGACAUUCCCAGCCUUGGAGGACAAAGUGGAGCAGAAAGGACGAGGAGGCCUCACCGGCUACAUCAAAGGUUUCUUUGGCUUCCGCGGCUGAAGUUUGGAAAGGAUUAAAACAAUUUUGUAUCGUGUAACAGCCCAUGUCCUGCUCUGAAUGCUCAGUAUUUCUGAAUGGAGUUUAAUACUUCAAAUGUAAUCAGAAACCGUGGAGAGCCCUAGGGGCGCACAGCAAACUGAACUGAACAAUAAUGCAGCCUCACAAGAUCCUUCCUUAUUUCCUCUUGGGUUUUGCAAACCAUUCAAGCCCAUCCUCCCAACUACAACACUGAGUUACCAGUUCUACCCAUUGACAUACUUGUGAAAGUACCUAUUAUAGCCUCAAUCUCUUUUUGUGGCAAUUGAAGAAAGCAAAUCAGUAAUGUAUAGUGUCCUGAAACAAUAACAUUAAGACUCAUCUUUACAUUUUGUUUUUCCUCGCAGGCAAUCCCAACUUAGAUGCUCUACCAUUUCAAUGGUACCCCCCUCAAUAAAGAGAGUCCUAGGAAACAGCAGGGCCUCUAAUAUAUUGCUUCUCUUUCUCCUCAUCCUGGCUGUUGAUCAGGAGCAACAAAAAUUUAGAAUAUAUUAUAAAUUGGUGUAACCUCUCCUUUUUGUAUUACGUGUGGCAACGAAGGUGAUUAAGUUGCAAAAUACCCAGAUGAAUUUCACAUGGGGGGGAACUGUUUAAUAUAUUGCGUGUUCUCUCCCCAAAAGGAGGAGCGCCUUGCAGUAAUGUGACAGACUGCCAGUAGUGUGUGCAUAGCACAACAUUUACUUCCUGCCAUAUGCUUCAUUAUGUUGCAGUUUUGUAACCAUUAGGUUUUGAGAAACUCUUAUUGUUGAGGGUCUGGAUCUUUCACAUGGGCCAUGGUGGUUGAGCUUUGUUUCACACGGUUGUUUAUCUAGUCUGCCAUUGCCUCCCUUGUUUUGAGUCAGGUAAACUAAUGUCAGGUUUGGCCACCUGUUAUGUUUGAAGACCCGGGUUGGAUAGAUGCCAUCCCGCCUCCAACCCAAAUUCUCUUCCAGUCUGUGCAAAAGCCAGCCCUCUGACAUGUUCUCAAACAGGGCAUGCAAUAAAAAGAGGUUGUUGGGAUUCCCAAAGCAAUAUGUUGUAUCUGCUACAGCCAGCUAACGUGACACACAGCCACAUAGAACCUGCCAAUCCCACAAGUGCCUGUCUCCUUUCCCCUUAUUGCUGCUGCAUAUAGACAGACAUUUGUGAAAGUGAAGAAAAAAGGAUUCCUGCGAUGCCAGCUUCCCAAUGCUUUAAACAGUUUACUAUUGCUGCUGCUUGUCUGUGGACAGCACAUGAACCAGCCUGAUGCUGCAAUCAGUUCAGUCUGCUGUGUGCGUCUGCUGUCAGCAACUUUCUUCUCAUCAAAUUAGUUAAUACUGCUGACUCCAAAGCUGAAGAUCUUGGCAAAUAACUCAAACUAAUGAGUUUGUUGAGUCUCUGUGUUAAAAUGAGAGCAACCUGGAAUCAUUCCACAGGUAAAGAUCUUUCUUUUUAAAAAAAAAGUUUUAACCUGUUGAGAAGAAUCCCAUAUUGUGUCUGAAUGAACUGGAAUUAAAAUCUUCCAAGAUUUGAAAUUGA